AAACAAUUUGUUUUUUUUUUACAAUAAAGAAAUUAUAAUUUUGUGUUUGAUAAAUUAUCUAAAUUGUCAAAUUUAUUUAAACUAUAAAUAAAACGUAGCUAUUAAAAUGAAACAACAAACAGAAAAACAACGUCAAAGAGCUCAAAGAAAAUUAAAAAAAAUAGUUGCUUUGGUGGAAGCAACAAGAUUAAACGACAAAGAUCGAAAGGCUAAAGCUGAAUCUACAAUAAAUAAUCAAAAAAGCACUGAAAUGUCAUCACCAUUGAGUCCAAGUAGAAAACGUCCUUGUGUCAAUCCCCAAGAAGAUACAAAGCCAACUUCACCAGUUGUUGAUGUAACACCAGAAGCUAAUGGAGAAACGUCAAAUGAUUUAGCAAAUAAAAAACCACGUUUAUCUGGUGAUGAAUAUUUACAAUUGAAACAAGAGUUACGUGAAAGAAAAAAAAUAUUAACAUCUAUACCAAGAUUACGUUUAAGAGCUGUUGGUGAUAAUGCCAGUUUGUGUAUUGAUGCUAAAUCAAGAAUACCAAUAUUUUUAAAUGACAUACAACAUUUGUUGAUGUAUUCAUUGCUGGGACAUCAUUCACCACACUCACCAGAACGUUGGUGUCAUCUUGAAAAAUUUAACAAGGUCAGUCAUACUGUUGUUUUGAUAGUUGAAGGUUUAUCAUUGUUUCACUUUAGUAAUAAUGAAUCAAUAUUUACAAAUAUCAAUAAAAAUAUGGAACAUCGUAUGGAAAUUGUAACACCAGCAACAUAUGGUGGUUCAAUUGUUGAAGAUUUAGCUGCUGUACCAUUGACUGGAACAGAAAAAAAUAAAUUAAUUAAAAAAUUUGGCUCAUUAGAAGCAGCUAUGAAAAGUACUGGUGAUUUGGUUAAAUUAUUAAAAAUUGUAUUUCCAAUGAAACCACAAACAACACAAGAUGGUCAACUUAUUGACAGAAUUUCUAUUUUAUCUGAUUUACCAAAAAGUGAUAAAUUUUCAAGAACACAAUUGCUACUUUCACCAGAGCAACUUGUUGAACUUAAUUAUCCAUUGCCAUUACAAGGUGGUCUUGCUGAAAAAUAUAAAGAUUAUGUAUUAACCAAAGAUGAGUAUCUUGAAGCAACACCAAAAUCACCAAUGUUUGGCUUGGAUUGUGAAAUGUGUAGAACAACAUUGGGCAUACCUGAAUUAACAAGAAUAUCAAUUGUUGAUGAAAAUUUAAAUCUUUUUUAUGAAUCAUUUGUUAAACCUGAUAAUAAAAUUACUGAUUAUUUAACAAGAUUUAGUGGUAUUACACCAGCAUUACUUAAAAAUGUAACAACACGAUUGUCAGAUGUACAAAAUGAAUUACGUAAAAUAUUACCAGCUGAUGCAAUUCUCGUUGGACAAAGUUUAAAUUUCGAUUUACAAUCAUUAAAAAUGAUGCAUCCAUAUAUCAUUGAUACAUCAAUUAUAUUUAAUAUAACUGGUAAACGUCUUAUUAAAUCAAAACUUAAAGUAUUAUCAGAUCUAUUUCUAUGUGAAACUAUACAAGAUAGUCAGAGUGGUCAUUGUUCUCUUGAAGAUUCACGAGCAUCAUUGAAAUUAGCUCAACUUAAAUUAAAAAAUAAUAUUAAUUUUGGUGAUGCUGUCAUGAUGGACUUUCUUGAAUUACAACAAACAAUAGAUGAUAUUAGAAAAAACAAUCAAGGUAAUAAUAAAAAUAUUAAAUUAGAUGAUCUAGAAAAAUAUGGUGUAUCAAUAUUCAAUCAUAUGACCAAAGUCAAAGAUAUGUCAUCAACAAUUAUUGGCAAUAAAGAAGUUAUGAAUGAAUAUUCAAUGUAUUUAAAAAAUACAAAACUCAAUGUUAUGGAUGAUGCUAAUUUUGAUAAAACUGAUCAAGUCAGAUUGGUAUUAACAGACUCAAAUAAACAAUCAAUUAAAAGAGCCAGUGAAAUAUCAAUGGAACAUGCAUUGACAUUUUGCCAUGUUAAACUAGAUAGUCAACAAACUAAUGAUGACAAUAUUGAAAAAACAUGUAAAAAAGUUGACAAGUGGAUAUCAAAAUUAUGGAAGAGUACUGCUGAUAAAGGAUUACUUUGUGUUGUUUUUGGUGGUGAAAAAAAUGCUGCAAAUGGAGCAUGUUUUUUAAAUAUUAAACGACAACAAUUGUUAUUGUAAUAGUUAAUCAUUUUUUUUUUUUUCUAUUGUCAAUUUAUAUAAAUAAUAUUAAUUUGAAAAUAUAAUAGAUGUCUCGAUAUAAUUAUUCAUUUAUUUAAUAUUAAAAUUGCAAUUUACUAUAAUUUUUUUUUUGUAUUAUUUAAUUUUCACGUAUUUAAUCAAUUUAUGAAAAUCAUAAGCCAAUGAAUAUCUAAAAGAAAAAAAAAAAAAAAA